UCCUGCUGCUGUCUCUCUCCGACCAUCGCCCCCUGCCAAGCGUCCCCGACAGCCGCCCUCCCCCUUCCCUCCUCCUCCUCCUCCUCCUCCAUGCUUCUCCCCCUACCCCGUCUAUUCCCCUCUCGCUAUCGCCCUCGCUCUUUCUCCUUCUCAUGCACCACCCCCCACAAAGCCUUCCUGACAGCCUCCUCACUCUCUCUCCUCCUCCUUGUCUUCCUUCCCCAUGCUUCUCACCCUGAACAGCCCUCUGCUGCAAUCAGACCGCGGCUGAAAUCCUCACCCCCUUCUCUGCUUCUCCUCAACAAAUCUGCCGAGCUCGCUUUUCUCCAAUAUUUCUCUCUCUCCCCGACAGCCUCAUAUGAUCUCACUUGAAUUUAAUAGUAACUUUAUGUAUUAGUAAUAGUUUUUUUUUGUUAAUAAUUACUUAUGAAUUGUUUAAAGGAUUGAAUUUGUCAUUCUUAGUAUUUUGGAGUGUCACUGCAGUUUUAACAUCUUGAAUCAUGACAAAUAUAGUUUUAGGAUUGUUAUUCCUGUUGCUAGAGUAGAUUUGGAUAAUGUUGUAUUUUAGUGUUUUUAGUGAUUUAAAGGGGUGCUCGAGCACUUGCAUAGGCACUCGAGCGAGGCGAGGCCCGAGCGCCUCAUAUAAGGGCCAGGCGACGCGCUUCAAUAAGGCGUCGCUUGGGCACUCGCCCGAGCCUAGGCGUCGGGCGAGUGCGCGAUUGAUAUAAGGUAAUCGGGUUCGAUUAAAUGUGCAUUAGUUGGUUUGAUUGAACGUUAGUUAGUUGGUUUGAUUGAACCAACUAACGCACAUAGUUACCUCAAAACCUGCUCGCGACCCCGACUCCUAACCCUAGCAUGCGCUUUCUCCCUCCACCUUUGUCGUCGAUGAUUUCUCCCUCUGCGUCCGCCACCCAGGAUUCCUCCCUCUGCCUCCGUCACCGACGAUUUCUCUUGCUGCCUUUGAGUCUUUAUCUGUCGCCGACUGAGUCUGCUCAGCUUCCACUACUGUCUAUCGUCUGUCGUUAUUGUUCGCUACCAUCGCUGCUAUCCGUUGCCACGGCUGUUGUCCAUUGUUUCUCUUCUGAGUUCUGACUUCUCACUAUCGGUUUCACUAGACCCUUAAGGAAACCUCAAGAUCUGUGGAAAAAAUGGAGACAAUGGUGAGGAAACUUCAACAGAAGUACAAAAAGGCAAGGGAGGAUAUGGAAAAGUGGGAUGAGCUCCAAUCCCGAUUGCUCUCACUCUUCAAGAGUGCCACAUCCAUCAUCAAUAGACUGCAGGUGCUUGCAGAGGCUAAAAAUUAUGGUGUGUUGAGGAGCAUAUCUGGCAUUAGAGAAGCACUUUUGGGGAAGCAAAUGGAAACCCUGGAAAUGAUCUUUCGUUCCAUGAGAGAAACAAUGAAAGAGUUUCGUGGCAUUGUCUUGUCUCUUGAGAAGAUUGCAAGGGAUGCGUGGCAACUGGUGAAAGGAGGAUCAGCCCAAACUUCUAAGCAGAUGAAAGUGCAGAUUGGACUCUGGCCAAAUAUUACAUAUUGCUUAGGUGGGCUUAGGUCAAUUUAUGAGAUGCACCAAUCUGAGUAUAUUCUUAAAUUAUCAGUGGUAUCCUCCUUGACAUGGAAGUGUAGUCCCACUGAUGCUGCUGCAUUUGGUCAGCUUUUGGUGGAUCAGCCCAAUAUCCCAAAAGAUGAAGUGCAAGCUAUCUAUGACAUAAUAUUUGCCGAGGAGAUCUGCUGAUUCCUCCUGUUUUCUGCCAUCCCUGCACAUUUUUAUCGCCCGGCAGCUAUGAUUGCAUUUGGAGAUGGACUAAAUGCGUGCUUAUGCUCAAACUGUGAGGGCGAAACUGACUGCAAUGUUCUUCUGUUCUGUGUUGAUGCUUUGAGUUUGAGACGUCUUUACAUAUAUAUCAUGUUAUAUAGCAGGAAGAAUGUCCUCGAAAUCUCAAACUCGUUUGUGUCAAAAACUGCAUCAAGUUACACUCGUCUUUUUCAAGUUUAUUUGAUUUGAUGAAACUUAAUUCUUAGAUGAUUUCAUAGUUAA